AUGUUUUUUCAAAUAAUUAAUACAAUAAAUCUUGAUGAGAAUUUUAAAGAAUUAACAAAUCAAUUAAAAGAGAUUGAAAAUAAAGAAAAAACAGCUCUUAAUAAUAUUAAUGUGUUAUAUAAUACAACUGAAAGAUUAUUAAAAAUUAUAAUUGGGUUUAUCAACAAUUUAAAGAUGUUUUUAUUUAUAAUAAGAUUGGAUUAG